CUCCGCCGCCCAGCCGGAGCCCCGCGGCAGCUCCGCAGUGCACUAUCCGCCGCCGCCGCUCUGCCAGCCCUGCCGCCCGCCUGGUCCAGCCCUGAGCGAGCCUCAAGCGCCAGCCGAGAGGGUCAUGAGCCAGAGUACCCCGGAGCGCCGCGGGGAGAGCGAGCGGAGAUAGCGGCCUUGCGCCCUUCGGCCCUCGGCGUCUCGCCGCGCGUCCCCCGCGUCCUCAGCUCCUGCUGUCCUUCUCCCGCCCCCCUCGGGCCCCGCCGCCGCCAUGGCCACUCUGCUCCGCAGCAAGCUGUCCAAUGUGGCCACGUCCGUGUCCAACAAGUCUCAGGCCAAGGUGAGCGGCAUGUUCGCCAGGAUGGGCUUUCAGGCGGCUACGGACGAGGAGGCGGUGGGCUUCGCGCACUGCGACGACCUCGACUUUGAGCAUCGACAGGGCCUUCAGAUGGACAUCCUGAAAGCCGAGGGCGAGCCUUGUGGGGAGGAAGGCGCUGAGCCGCCCGUCGAAGGAGACAUCCAUUACCAGCGCGGCGGCGGCGCGCCCCUGCCGCCCUCGGGCUCCAAGGACCAGGCGGUGGGGGCUGGUGGCGAGUUCGGGGGCCACGACAAGCCCAAGAUCACAGCGUGGGAGGCAGGCUGGAACGUGACUAAUGCCAUCCAGGGUAUGUUCGUGCUGGGCCUGCCCUACGCCAUCCUGCACGGCGGCUACUUGGGCUUGUUUCUCAUCAUCUUCGCCGCGGUGGUUUGCUGCUACACUGGCAAGAUCCUUAUCGCGUGCCUGUAUGAGGAGAACGAGGACGGCGAGGUGGUGCGCGUGCGGGACUCGUAUGUGGCCAUCGCCAACGCUUGCUGCGCGCCGCGCUUCCCCACGUUGGGCGGACGCGUGGUGAACGUGGCGCAAAUCAUCGAGCUGGUGAUGACGUGCAUCUUGUACGUGGUGGUGAGCGGCAACCUCAUGUACAAUAGCUUCCCGGGGCUGCCCGUGUCGCAGAAGUCCUGGUCCAUCAUUGCCACUGCCGUUCUGCUGCCCUGCGCCUUCCUCAAGAACCUCAAGGCCGUGUCCAAGUUCAGCCUGCUGUGCACUCUGGCUCACUUCGUCAUUAAUAUCCUGGUCAUCGCCUACUGCCUAUCUCGGGCCCGCGACUGGGCCUGGGAGAAGGUCAAGUUCUAUAUCGAUGUCAAGAAGUUUCCCAUCUCCAUUGGCAUCAUCGUGUUCAGCUACACCUCGCAGAUCUUCCUGCCUUCGCUGGAGGGCAAUAUGCAGCAGCCCAGCGAGUUCCACUGCAUGAUGAACUGGACGCACAUCGCCGCCUGCGUGCUCAAGGGCCUCUUCGCACUCGUCGCCUACCUCACCUGGGCCGAUGAGACCAAGGAAGUCAUCACCGAUAACCUGCCCGGCUCCAUUCGCGCCGUGGUCAACGUCUUUCUAGUGGCCAAGGCGCUGUUGUCCUACCCUCUGCCCUUCUUUGCUGCUGUCGAGGUGCUGGAGAAGUCGCUGUUCCAGGAGGGCAGCCGAGCCUUCUUCCCCGCCUGCUACGGCGGCGACGGGCGCCUCAAGUCAUGGGGACUGACGCUGCGCUGCGCGCUGGUCGUCUUCACGCUUCUCAUGGCCAUCUAUGUGCCGCACUUCGCUCUGCUCAUGGGCCUCACCGGCAGCCUCACGGGCGCCGGCCUCUGCUUCCUGCUGCCCAGCCUCUUCCACUUGCGCUUGCUCUGGCGCAAGCUGCUGUGGCACCAAGUCUUCUUCGACGUCGCCAUCUUCGUCAUCGGCGGCAUUUGCAGCGUGUCGGGCUUCGUGCAUUCGCUCGAGGGUCUCAUCGAGGCUUAUCGAACCAACGCGGAGGACUAGCGCUCCAAGGCGCUCCCUGGCGGUGCUCCCGCGCUCUCCCCCCCUCUCCUCUCCACCCCAUCCCACCCUCACCAGCCCGGUGCGCCUUGCCGCCGCGCUUGGGAAGCCAAGCUUUAAACAUCUCCGGUUCCUAGUUUCUGAUUAUUCGGGGAUGGGGGUGGGGGUGGGGGGAGGUAGGGAUCCACGAUCCAUCUCGUCUGCGUUUGUUUGCCUUUCUUUUCCACAUCGCCCUGGUUUGGGGGAGGGAGGCAGGGGCGCAGCUCGCAGGCGCGAGAAUCGACCUUGGGGGGACAUUUCGCAGCCAUCCAGGGCUCAGAUGCCAUUUACAGCAAGAGCGCUUCCCAUUCCGGAGACACUUUAACCCUGCAGCGGGAAAGGCUGGCCGGGAAAUCUGUUUCGGGUGGGCAAUUUGUCUUCGGCAAGCGGGAAGGCAAGAAGCCGCGCAGCGCUGGCUUGCCUGCGGGUUUUCAGAAAUCCAAAUUCAUCUUGUGCAAUUUAUCAGGUUGUGGAACUGUUCAACUGUGCGUGUGGUGUGCUCGUGGUGAAUAAGAUGAAAUGUAUAUCAGAAAAAAAAAAUCUAUCUCUAAUUUAGAUUGCGGCGCAUAAUUACAUCCGCAAAUAAAGAAGAAACAAAGGCCCGCGUGCGGCAUCAUGUAAAUUCUGUGCCUUCGCAACAGCCGCGUUCCUGGUGCUGCGCGCGACUGGGGUUAUUUGGAUGAGGUCUGGCCCCGCGAAGCCGAGGGCUUAGAGGAGUGUCUGUACCUAAAGGGUCGGGGUAGAACUCCAGGAAUCUCGGAGGUUGGUUCUCAUCCGGGCACCAAAAGGGAGGCACUCAAGUUAUCUAGGGGACUCAGGAAGAAGCAUGCAGAGCGGCUUUGGUGUGGCAGCUGCCUGUCCGGCUUCCCACCCCCGAGCUGCCCGUCAAGGUUUGUUCUGAACAUCUCUGGUCCACCUGAGAAUUUGGUGGACGCUCCCAAUCUCCAGUUCUGAUACACAAUGCUUUUAUGUACAAAUUCAUCUAUCUAUCUAUCUAAUCUUUCAACAAAUAAGUAUAGACUGUGCCUAUACGUUUGUUCAACAAAUACUUAUAGACUGUGCCUUCGCCAGGUGAAACAAACUCAAACCUGCCCUCCUGGAGCCUACAGAAAGCCAAGUGGGGGGAGACAGGCAAUAAACAAGGACAUGGAGAAAGCCACAAAAUAAAUGCAGACUGUGAAAAGAGCUAUGAAGGAAAUCAGUAGCGAGUUAUGGAUUUCCCAGGGUCCCCAGGGCCAGCCGCUAGCUUGAUCCCACACGCUUUUCUCACCCUGCAGAACAGCCCGUUGGGUCCAACUGGGGUUUAAACAUCCACAGCCAAGAGACUGGCUUUUUAGAUCCGGCGCCUUUGGGGCCCCAAUCUCCCCCCUUUCUUGUGCAGACCUUUUGGGAAUGUGUUUGCCUGAAUUACAGGGUGAUUCUACUGCGGAUCCAACUCCAGGGGGAGCACCCGCGGGGAAUCUUAGGCCCCGAGAUGGUUUGGAAGGGUCAGGGUCACUUUCCCGAUGGGAGCCGGGAGCUCAGUGCAGGUAGGAGGUCCCCGGGAUUUUCUCUCAGUGCGAAAAGAAACCACGCGAGAGGUUCGUGUUCUCCACCUGCUGAGGCCGAGGCUUCGUUUGGAACGGUUUCUCCAGGUGCAAUCGGCACGGGGGA